AUGUCUACUCCAUCCGGUACACGUCUUCCGGUGGGAAAUAAGGACUUCACCAAAGCGACGGUAGUCAUUAUUGGGGCCGGAAUAUCUGGAAUGUGCAUGGCUAUUGAUUUGAUCAAGCAAAACAAAUUUCGGAACUUUGUGAUUCUUGAGAAGAGUAGCAGUGUGGGAGGGACUUGGAACGAUAAUAAAUACCCCGGUUGUUGUUGCGACAUCUGGAGCACUUUGUACAGUUACUCCUUCGAGCAGAAUCCGGGAUGGUCACGCGAGUAUCCAGGACAGGAAGAGAUUCAUGCCUACCUCAUUCGCGUCGCGCAGAAAUGGGGACUUUACAACCAUAUCCGAUUCAACUCCACGGUAGAUGAAGCGCGCUGGGAUGAUACCGAAUCUAAAUGGAAAGUCAGCGUCAAUGUCUCGGGAGCCAAGGACAGCGAAUAUGCAAGCUCCUACCUUAUAAACUCGGACUUCUUGAUCUCUGCAGUUGGACAACUCAACCUUCCACGCGAGCCGAAUCUUCCAGGCCUGAAGGAUUUCCAAGGCAAGAUGAUGCACUCGGCUCGGUGGGACUGGAGCUACGAUCUAUCGGGGAAGCGAAUUGCCAUCAUCGGAAAUGGAGCAACGGCCGCUCAAAUCAUCCCAGAAAUCGCUCCAGAGGCAUCUCACCUGACUGUCUUCCAACGCACUCCGAACUGGCUCAUCCCCCGUCGAGAUACCCCCGUUUCCGCCCUGCAAAAGGCGCUAUUAACCUACAUCCCACCCCUUCGCUGGCGCAAACGAGCCCUACAAAUGGACUUCCGCGAGUCCUUCCACAGCGCUAUCUUCGACGGUAGUUCGGACUUUGCUCAACAAAUCCGCACUUGGUGCACGGAGAUGAUGCAAGCCCAAUUGGCUCACAAGCCCGAGCUAUGGAAUACUCUAACACCCAAUUAUUCCCCAGGCUGCAAGCGAGUCAUCAUCUGUGAUGAUUACUAUCCUACUCUGGGCCGCGAUAAUGUUGAUUUGGAAACAGGAGCCAUCACCCGUAUCACAGAGAAGGGAAUUGAGAUUGAAGGCAAGGGUGAACAGGAGUAUGAUCUCAUCGUGCUAGCAACUGGGUUCCAGACUGUCGACUUUAUGUAUCCCAUUCAGGUCUAUGGUGCAAAUGGCCGGUCUCUUGGGGAUAUUUGGAAGAAUGGAGCUCAGGCUUAUCUCGGCAUGACUGUUGAGGAUUUGCCCAACUUUGGGAUGUUCUACGGGCCUAACACCAAUCUUGGACACAACUCCAUUAUCCUUAUGAUCGAAGCUCAAUCCCGAUACCUGAACACCAUGGUCAGCGAAGUGAUCCGUGCUCGGCAACAGGGCAAGACGCUAUCACUCAAACCGACGGAGGCUGCCCUGAAGGAAUACAAUGAUAGGAUCCAAGCACUUCUACGAAGUAGCAGCUUUGCAGAUCCUAAUUGCAACAGUUGGUACAAGACGGAUGAUGGUAUUAUCACCAACAACUGGUCUGGGACAGUUCUGGACUAUCAGAAGGAGCUGUCCAAAGUGGAAUGGGAGGAUUAUAUUGCACAGGGCUCUGGCAAUGAUCUUGUAAAGAAGAAGCCAACACAACUCGGGCGUGUUCGGGAGGAGACAGUGCUCGGUAAUACUUCACUGCUGGUUGGAGCGGUUGGAGCUUUGGCUGUGGCAGGGGGCUACUUUGCUCGGUCUAAGCUAGUAAAGCCACGUUGA